AUGAUAAACUACUUAUGUAAUUAUAUAUCUGUAAUUAGAACAAAGUGAGUAUUCUUCAUUCCCUUUUACUUAGAGAAGAAUAAGCCAUCUAGUUUUAAAUUACAGUAAUACUGAAUCGAAAUCUAAAUAAAUAAUCACAGGCGAUCCAAGAAAAACAGCAAAAAAGAGUUCGCUCUCACAUUUGACAAGAUUGUUGAAAGAACGUGAUGAGCGUGAAUAAGAUGGACUUACACCUCUGGCAACAGAUAAGUAAAUAUAAACUAAAAAGUUUAUAAAUUUAAAACCACUCAAGAAGGCAAUAGAGAAAAUAACUCAAAUUAGACAACAGUAAUAAAGCAGAAGAAAAUCAGCAUAUGGCGAAUUCUUUGGUGAGUUGACAUAAAAGCAGAUGGAGAAUCUUCCAACAUCUAUUGAAUAGCAUAAGUAAAUUAAUGGAUAAAGAUUUGCAUUAACAAGCUUUGCUGAUAUUUUAGAGAGAAAAAAAAGAAAAAGGACCACUAAAAGGCAAAGUCUCUUAAGAAAAUUAUCGAAAUAAGAAUCUUUGGUUGGUAAGAUUAAAUUUUAUUUUAGAAUAUGAUUAUUUGGAAAGACCACCAUCUUGUAAGACUCCUCCAAAAUAAAUAAUAAUUAAAUAACAACCUAAAUAGAAGAUAGAGUCAACAAAUGCGAAAAUAAUUAAAUAAUUAGACAAGAAAAUGAUCAACUUUUUAUUAGGAAAACCUCCUGAAGUUUAAUAGUUUGUACAAAGAAGGAAGGCAUAUACCAUUAAUUAUUAAGUAACAACUCCUUAAUCUUUGUCCAUAACUGGAAAUCAUAGAAAUUCAACACUUUUACCAAAUUUACCCAUAAACAAAGUAAAUAGAUGUUAAACUAAUUCAUAUGAAUCAAAAUAUGCAUCGUAAUUUAGUAAUCGGUAGAUUUAGAAUACGGAUAGACCGUACAUUAGAUACAAUAAAACCUUGAUAAAAAUCAUUAAAUCAGAUGGGAAAAAUAAUUGA